CGCGGUUCAGUCAGCUGUCUGAACUUAACGCAUGUGCAAGUGAAUUUUCACCCGGGCUCUAAGGAGAUACUGCUUCAACCUAGGUACUCGAUUCGUUUGAAUUAAAUUAUUUAAUGAUCGCUUAAUUAGUGGGGUAUAAGGAUUGCUCAGACACCGAGCGAUGUCGGAUACUGGUAAUAUAUGUGAAGAUCACUUCUUCGAAGGAGUUGAGAAACUUCUUGAGAUUUGGUUUAAAAAACCACCGGCCUCCCUAGGGGAUCUCCGUCAAAUACCGAGAUCUUGUUUCGAAAGCCUUCUUAAAACUGUACAUUGUGAAGUUAUAAGUUUCUCCAGAAAUGAUGAAGUUGAUGCCUAUGUUUUAAGUGAAAGCAGUAUGUUCGUCGCUGAAAGACGAUUUAUAUUAAAAACGUGUGGCACCACAACACCCCUUGAAUGUUUGAAACAACUUCUUGAAUUAGUUGAGCAAUAUGCAGGUUUUACUGAAGUUGAUGAUGUGUUUUAUUCAAGAAAAAACUUCAAGAAACCUGAACUUCAAAAACUCCCUCACAUAAGUUUUGAGCAAGAGGUGGCUUAUCUUGACAAAUUCUUUAAAGAUGGUGUUGGAUAUUGCUUGGGCUCUUCUGAUUAUGAUUGCUGGUUUCUUUACACUCUUCAGGGAACUAAAUUAAUAUCCAAUAAUAACAUCGAUGAACCAAGCGGCAAAAGAAGAAAGCUGGAACCCGACCAAACAUUAGAAGUUUUAAUGACUGAUUUGGAUCCAACAGUCAUGUCAAUAUUCACAAAGAAAAAUUCAGCUACUGCUGCGGAAGCUACACAGAAAUCUGGGAUUGAUAAGAUAUUUCCAAGCAUGCUGAUUGAUGAUUACUUAUUUGAACCCUGCGGUUAUUCGAUGAACGGGAUUAAUAAGUCUGGAAACUACAUGACUAUACACAUAACUCCCGAGCCUGAAUUUUCUUAUGUUAGCUUUGAAACUAACGUACCUCAAGCAUCUUACAGGGAUGUAAUACAAAGAGUUCUGAAUAUAUUUCGUCCGCGUAAAUUUGUUUUGACUCUUUUCGCAAAUAAGGAAUCAGUGGCUGCUGACUUCUCCUUAUCUACGAAGAACAACAAAUAUUACAACUUUGGAGAGCUGCAGUGCCAAGAAGUCGGUUUCUGUCAACUUCGUAAUUACGACCUCAGCUUCGCAUUCUACAGCAAAUUCCCGAGCUGAGGGUCAAUUGCUGGUUGGUGCUGCAGCGAGCCCACCAGCCUCAAGUCUCGCCAAGUAGUCUCCUACCUCCUUCCUUCCGUGGACCUCUUCAUUGCCUGGUGGCAAUACAAAAUAUCUUGAAAUAUAACAUUGUUUCUAUUUGCUCUAUGGAAUGGUUUAUUUGAUUGGGUUCAUUUAUGACGCCUGAGUUCUUUUAAUUAUCGUUGAACCUUCUUUUUUUGUUUGAAUGUUUUCUCUUUUGUCAUUAUGGAUUCAUUUUUGUCACCUCUUCUGGUGAAAAUGGAUAGGAGAAUGUAGAAACAUUUAAAAUGCAUCAAUCCGAUGCUUAGACAAUAUCAUCGGUACUAUGCCAUGUUGUUGGUAAUAUGCAGUCGGUGGCGACCAUUUUAAAUUUCCAUUAAUAUGGUUGAAAUAUUGAAAUUGUUAGACUCGUGAUGAUAUAUGCUGCUAACAAUAUCAAUAUAAUGUUUUUACAUGGAUAAUUUUAAAAGACAAUUUAUUUAUUCAAUUAUAAUUAUUUAAGUUCAUACUAUAUAUUUAAUGUUUUGCCUUUAGAAAAUUCUAAUUAUUAUAUUUGGUGAAAGAAAAACCAACUAUCUUUUAAUUUUUAACCUUUUUUUUAAUAUUUUUAAUUAUUGAUUACUCAUUAAUAAAAAAAUUAUACAUUUUAUUUCAUUAUAUUGUAUAAUUAUUUUCAAUGUAAAUAUGUAUUUAUUUAAUUGUAUCAUUCCAUAUACUUUGUUUUUAGUAUAUUUUACUUUUAUUUUAUUUUUUAUCAAUAUGCAUUUUAAUUAUAUUCAUUCCUUUAAAAAUAAAUUCUUUGUUGCAUUUUUUAUGGGUGUGGGAGACUACAGUGAAGGGUUCGAGACGUAGGAAAUUAUUAUAACUAUCAUCAUAGAAGAAUCUCUUAAAGCAAUAUAGAAAUAAUAAAUAUACUUGUUUUUAG